AUGAAUGCCCUCACAAGUGACGGUCUUUUGGUAACCGUUGUUGUAAGAGCAGAGGAAAGCCUAUUAACACAAGGGAAUAAAGAUGGAUUUUCCUUUGCAAACUUUAAAAAGUACGAAAACGCUGGACUUUCAGGAACUCCUUUGAAAACGCUCGGUGUAAAAACUCUCGAAGAGUGUCUUGUGGAAUGUACUACUAUAUCAACUUGCUUGUCGCUCAACAUCAACAAAACAACAGAUGCUCAAGGUUUCUCCGAGUGUGUACUGUUCGACCUUGGCCAGUAUGGAAACAACACAAAUAUAACCGCAGUUAAAGGAGUAGACUAUUAUACCAUCCCGACAAAGUGUGACGAGAAACCAUGYUUUCACAAUGGAAGAUGUAUCCCUGUCUAUCAGUCGUACGACAGCUAUAACUGUGAAUGUCUUCCGGGAACCAGAGGAGCACGUUGUGAAAUCAAGGAUUUCAACCGCUGCGCAGACCGUAACGCCGCUGGCUACAAGGAAAGUGGUUUCUAUAAAAUCAAAGCUCCUGAUGCCGCACAACUGUCAGUAUACUGUAGCCAAGAUAACGAAACUGGAUGGACCAUGGUAUUUAAAGCGGUCAGCGGUGUAGCUUUGUCACAGGGACCUGCUAAGUUAUGGACAUCAAGCUCUUUACUAGAUGAAACUCCAUUGGAUCACUUGAGCCGAAAACAUUACAAAAACCGUCUGGUAGAACAAUGGGAAGCAUUUAAGCCAGUCAAGGUGCGACUUUCACUUUACAGGAAGUCUCAAGAAGUAUUGAGGUUGGUUUUCAAUGGUGUGGGGUCCAACAAAACCAGCUGGUUUACUGUCAAAAAUGUGCUGUCCAGUCCAUGGACAGGUCUUCACUCUCAACCCAAAAGCUUUUUUUCCAUUAGCGGCGAUGAUAGGCCCGGUAUGCUUCGUCGUACCUUCAUCAUCAAUAGCGAAAACAUAUCAUGUGAAGAAGACCUUGGCUGGAUGUUGAUGGUUGAGCUUGGCYAUUGUGUUUGGGCUAAAAAUGUCACUGCAUUUUCGAUUUUUUUCUCACCAGGCCCAUCAAGGCUGAAAUAUUCAGAAAAAGAAUCCAUUGACAGUGUAGCGGAUAUGAUGGUCAUCUACUUACUUUAA